GGGCGCUCCUGUUCUCUGGGCGGGGGGAGAUGGGGGGGGCUUUUUCUGUGCUUGCACCUCCCACCCUCCAGCUCCUCCCCUUAAAAUAGAAUCCUUCCUCCCUUUUGGCAACCUCCAUCUCCUUCCGUUGGGAUGAAUGAAGCACCCAGCGCUGCGGUACACUCAAGCUUUCCCUGGUGGUCUGGCUUACAUAAACACUGUCCUCUUAGUAGUAGUAGUAGCGGUGGUGCCUCUUAGGAGCAGGGCUUAAGGAGACACUCCGAGGUUUGUGUGAUGGAUGCCAAGCCGCCCCUUGACCAUCAGGUUGUGCUAGAGCUGGGGCAGCCAGACGACAGCAAGGUGGACACCGGGGCCAUUUCUGGACCUGCGGCGAAGGUGCCAAGGCUAAAUGGGGGCCAGGAAGACGAGGGGGCUGCUGCGGAGGCAGUUCCUGGGCCCAAACCCCCGAAGGAAGAACCUGAGAUCGGGGAGGCAGCGCAUCACCUCAAGGAAGAAAAGGAGGAAGACGCGAUUGAUGGAGGAGAAAUGUUGGCAGAGGAAGGAGAGUAUUACUUCCCGACCUACGAUUUUUCGCAGGCCCCCAAACCUCUGACAGGCUCUUGGGUGGAGUACAGCCACAUACCGGAGAAUUUCCUUAAAGGCUGCAAAUGGGCUCCUGACGGGACCUGCCUGCUCACCAACAGUGCUGACAACACCCUGCGGAUCUACAACCUCCCUGCUGAGCUGUACGCCGAGGAAUGGGGGACCAUCUCUGAAAUGAGUCCCGUCUUGCGCAUGGCCGAAGGAGACACCGUCUAUGAUUACUGCUGGUUCCCGCUGAUGAACUCCUCCGACCCGCAGACUUGUUUUGUCGCCAGCAGCAGCCGGGACAACCCCAUCCACAUAUGGGAUGCUUUCUACGGAGACCUGCGUGCCACCUUUCGACCCUACAAUCACCUGGAUGAGCUGACGGCUGCCCACUCCUUGUGCUUCACCCCGGACGGCUCCCAGCUCUUCUGCGGCUUCGACAAGAUCGUGAGGGUGUUUGACACGUCACGGCCCGGGCGCAUGUGCGAAAACAGGCCCACCCUCGUGAAGAAGCAGGGCCAGAGCGGGAUUAUUUCCUGCAUUGCCUUCAGCCCGACGCAGCCCAUCUACGCCUGCACCUCGUACUCCAAGACGGUGGGCCUCUACUCCCAGGCGGAGGGCGACCCCCUCACCAUGCUACAUGGGCACCAGGCGGGCGUCACCCACGCCCUCUUCUCCCCGGACGGCUUCCACCUCUUCACCGGGGGGCGCAAGGACACUGAGAUCCUCUGCUGGGACCUUCGACAGCCAGGCGAGGUCCUGUUUUCUGUGUCCCGGACAGUUGCCACCAACCAGAGGCUCUAUUUCGACUUAGAUCCGAGUGGGAGGUUUCUCCUGAGUGGCGACACAGAAGGACUGGUCAGUGUCUGGGACAUGGCUCAGGCCCCCAGCGGCAGCAACAACCUGGGUCACCCCCUGCUAGAGCCCAUCUUGCAGUUCCAAGCUCUGAGCGACUGCGUCAACGGGAUCAGCCUCCACCCCAGCCUUCCCCUUCUGGCCACGGCUUCCGGCCAGCGCAAAUUCCCUGACCUGUGGGACAGCGAAGACGACGACCAGGAGAAAGGGAGAAGGCCGUCCGCUCGCCACCAAGACCGCGGUGACAACUCUCUCCAGCUCUGGUGGUGCUCCCUGGGCACCGGGGUGGAGGAGAAGCCCCAGGCGCACCCGUAGCCUCGGCCUCCUUCCUCGUGUCUGCCGGGGUUUGCAAGGGGGCCCAAUGCCAACGCUCAAAACUGCCACUGGGCCACGAGUGUGCGGGACCUCUGGCAUGCCGAAGGUGCCCCCGGCCCAUGAACAUUGCCGUGUUUAUAUGUUUCUACUUCUGGCACUUUUGUACCAAAGAGAGAAUGCGCGUUGUGCGAGGGGACGUUUGAAAACACUUGAGUUUUUUGAGAGAAUGGAGCUGGGUGUUGCCGUGACUAGAUUUUGUGCAUGCUCUGACGGAGAGAUGUGGGGUCAGGGCCGAAUUGUCGCUGUGCCUCUAUGGGUCGGAGGCACGAGGUUAAGCAAUCUUUCCUGUCCCAAGAAAACCAGCAUUUUCUGUCUCUUGCUGGCUAGCGGGAGCUCUAGCUGAUGCGGGGGAAGAUUUUGGUUCAUCUGUGUGUUGAUCUGAGUCUUGUGCUUGGGAACUGUAUGUAUGUAUGUUUGUGUGUCUGUUUGCUUUUUUAUAUAUAAGGGGAGAAGAAUUGCCUCUUUUGGGAUUUUUCCAUUGCCCCCCAGUUUUCUGUGCUCUGUAAAUAGUUUUCCACCCCUUGCCCAACAGGUGGGCCGUGGUGCUGACUCGCUUGGGGGAGGGCAGGGCUGUUGUGGUGGGUUUUGUGAAUGUUCGUCACCAGUUGCCGUUUCCUGGCGAAAGAAUAUGUUCUCUCAUUGGCAAGUAAGUGAUGCAGGUGAUUAAUAAAAGUUUAUGAUGAUUGUA